UUUGUUAUAUCAUAUCACCACCUUAACCAGAAUCCCAAAAGCAUAGACGAGAUACAACCCCGCAAAAACCCAAUUCUCUGAUUUCUCUCCCAAUAAUCGCCAUAUCACUAAUUUCAAUAAACCCUAAAUUCACAACCUUCAUUUUACAUCGGUCUCGAUUCGAAACUCAGAACCCUAAAUCUUAAUCGAAACCCUAAUCGGCAGAUGUCGACUUCGGGGCAACCUCAGUUCCGGUACACGCAGACGCCGUCGAAGGUCCUCCACCUGCGAAACCUGCCAUGGGAGUGCGCCGAAGAAGAGCUCGUCGAGCUCUGCAAGCCCUUCGGUAAGAUCAUUAACACCAAGUGCAAUGUCGGUGCCAAUCGCAACCAGGCCUUCGUCGAAUUUGCAGACCUUAAUCAGGCAAUUAAUAUGGUGACAUAUUAUGCUUCAUCGUCAGAGCCUGCAUCAGUUCGUGGUAAAACUGUAUAUAUCCAAUAUUCGAAUAGACAUGAAAUCGUCAAUAACAAGAGUCCAGGAGAUGUUCCGGGAAAUGUCUUGCUUGUAACCAUUGAGGGUGUGGAAGCUGGUGAUGUCAGCAUUGAUGUCAUUCACUUGGUUUUCUCGGCUUUUGGCUUUGUGCACAAGAUUGCUACUUUUGAGAAGGCUGCUGGAUUUCAGGCAUUGAUCCAAUUCAGUGAUUCUGUCACUGCAUCUUCAGCAAGGGAGUCAUUGGAUGGAAGAAGCAUACCCAGGUACUUGCUUCCAGAUCAUGUUGCUUCAUGCCACUUGCGUAUCUCGUACUCCGCACACACAGAUCUGAACAUUAAAUUUCAAUCUCAUCGGAGCAGGGACUACACGAAUCCAUAUCUUCCUGUAAAUCCUACCGCGAUGGAGGGAUUUGUUCAGCCUGCUGUAGGUCCUGAUGGAAAGAAAAAAGAAUUUGAGAGCAACGUGCUUCUUGCAUCAAUUGAGAAUAUGCACUAUGCUGUCACAGUAGAUGUUCUCCACACGGUAUUCUGUGCAUUUGGUAAUGUUCAGAAAAUUGCCAUAUUUGAGAAGAAUGGUGGAACACAGGCCCUAAUUCAGUAUCCUGAUGUCACAACUGCAGCGGUUGCUAAAGAUGCUUUAGAGGGACAUUGCAUAUAUGAUGGUGGCUAUUGUAAGCUUCAUCUAUCAUACUCUCGUCAUACUGAUCUCAAUGUAAAGGCUUACAGCGACAAAAGUAGAGAUUACACAAUCCCAGAAUCAGGGUUGGUUGCAAUUCAACAAGCUUCCGGCCUGCCUGCUGGGACACCAGUUUGGCAGAAUGCUCAGGGUGCUCAAAUGUUUCCUGGGAGCGAGUUUGGUGCUGCGCAAGCUCAAGCUCCGGUGUCACAAGUGUCCUCAUGGGGUCCAACCUUGCAAGCUGGCAGACCAACUUAUGUUUCGGCUCCGGGCACAUUUCCUGCUCAGACAUACGCUCCGUCCUCCGUUCCUGGUUAUGUCAGUGCAGCAGCUCCUGGUGUUACUCAACCCCUUAUGCAAGGCAACCCAACUAAUCAUAGUGUGCCCUCCAUAAGAGUGUCUCAGCCUGCACAUCACCAAAAUGCGCGACCUGGUGGUGCUUCACCUCCUGGUCAUCCUUCUUACUAUGGUUAGCAGUAUCAGCUCCUCUCCUAAAAUACUUUACUUUUCCGCAUUGACUGUUUUUUGUUUGUCUAGUGCAACAAAAUCUUUUGUAUCUUAAUUUGACUUGCAGUUAAAUCCUCUCCAGUUCAGUUCUUGGUGGUACCAAAUUUUCAAAUGCAGCAUUGGAAAUUAUGAUCUUUAGUA